GUGUGAAUGGUUUGUCAAUGAUUGCCCUGGUGUAGCAGUCGUUUUAAUGUCUCCACCUUGCCUGCUGGAAAGCAGCCUUCUGAUAUUUCUUUGCAGCUGCGUCUUUUUUUAGCCUCCACGUUUUCAGGGUGUCCAAACUGCCUGCUCGGGUCGGGAAAGUAGCGUGCAAUAACUUUGGUGAAGAACGGUGGUAUUUGCUACAGGCCUGUGAGCUGGGACUGACCUAAUACGUGCAACAAACAAGUAGAGUGAGCAGUAAGUGCGCAGAGCUUCAGUUUGCAGCCCCGGUGUCAACUUCUGCGUGUGACCGUCUGGUGAGGCUUCAUUUCGGGGAACGACGCGCUGCAAUGGACCGAUCUGCUACAGUGGAGUACUAUAAGGCAGCCAUGUUGCUGAGUGGUGUCGGUGAUGCUCUGGGAUACAGGAACCAGCUGUGGGAGUACAAUGAGUCGGGGCCGACUAUCCAUCAGGAGCUGAAGGAGCUCGGUGGUCUGAAGAACAUCAAGGCUGAGCUCCCUGAUUGGCCAGUGAGCGACGACACAGUCUUGCAUCUGGCCACAGCUGAAGGACUAGCAACCGGGAAGAUGGGGGAGGAGCUCCUGCAUGAGGUGGCUGCUCGAUACGUGGAGGGAAUGAAAGACAUGGAUGGAAGGAAACCAGGGCCUUCAAGUAUUCUGGGAGUCUCCCAGCUGAAGCCCGGAGAGGAAGGGGGCUAUAGAGUGCCCUAUAAUCCAGAGGGGACGGGCUGUGGAGCGGCCAUGAGGUCCAUGUGCAUUGGCCUCAGGUACCCGAAACCUGACCAGCUGUUGUCCUUGGUUGCUGUUGCCGUGGAGACAGGCAGGAUGACCCAUCCUCAUCCCACUGGUUUCCUGGGCGCGGUAGCAUCUGCCCUUUUUACCGCAUAUGCCGUCCAGCGCAGGCCAAUCACGACUUGGGGUCUAGGCUUGAUCAACGAGGCCUGUCCAAUAGCAAAGAACUUUGUUCAGGGUCGAGGCUUCGCCGUGGAGGAGACGGAGAGAGACUGGGACUACUUCUGUGACAAGUGGCAGUGGUACCUGGAUUUGAGGGGCAUUUCUUGUGGGGUCGGGGCUGUGAAUUGGCCCGCCUCCUACGGCCCAGCUGAGAGAGAUGAAGCCUACAAGAGCUUUAGCCUGUCAGGCUGGGCGGGACGCAGCGGUCACGACGCACCAAUGAUAGCCCUGGAUGCCCUGCUGGGGGCGGGUUCAGACUGGGAGGAGCUGAUGAGCAGAGCAGCCUUCCAUGGAGUGGGGGACUCUAUAGUGUAUGCCAGAAGGCAAGAGCACUUCUCUUGA